GCGGCGGCUGCGACGAUGGCGGCGUCGUCGUCGUCCUCGUCAGGGCCCGGGGAGGAGGUCGACGCCCCGAGCCCGGCCUGGGACGAGUCCCAGCUCCGCAGCUACGGCUUCCCCACGCGGCCCAUCCCGAGGCUCAGCCAGGGAGACCCCCGCGCCGAAGAGCUCAUCGAGAACGAGGAACCUGUGGUGCUGACGGACACGAACCUGGUGUACCCGGCUCUCAAGUGGGACCUGGACUACCUGCAGGAGAACAUCGGCAACGGCGACUUCUCCGUGUACAGCGCCGGCACCCACAAAUUCCUCUACUACGAUGAGAAGAAGAUGGCCAACUUCAAGAACUUUAAGCCUAGGAGCAACAGGGAGGAGAUGAAGUUUCACGAGUUUGUGGAGAAGCUGCAGGACAUAGAGAGGCGGGGGAGCGAGGAGAGGUUGUAUCUGCAGCAGACCCUCAAUGACACGGUGGGGAGGAAGAUUGUGGUGGACUUCUUGGGCUUUAACUGGAACUGGAUUAAUAAGCAGCAGGGGAAGCGUGGCUGGGGGCAGUUGACCUCCAACCUGCUGCUUAUCGGCAUGGAAGGGAAUGUGACCCCGGCUCACUACGAUGAGCAACAGAACUUCUUUGCUCAGAUCAAGGGCCACAAACGCUGCAUCUUAUUUCCUCCAGACCAGUUUGAGUGCCUCUACCCGUAUCCCGUGCACCACCCCUGUGACCGGCAGAGCCAGGUGGACUUUGACAAUCCCGACUACGAGAGGUUCCCCAACUUCCAGAACGUGGUUGGUUACGAGACGGUGGUCGGCCCCGGAGACGUCCUCUACAUCCCCAUGUACUGGUGGCACCAUAUCGAGUCUUUGCUGAAUGGCGGCACCACCAUCACUGUGAACUUCUGGUACAAGGGCGCUCCCACCCCUAAGAGAAUUGAAUACCCCCUCAAGGCUCAUCAGAAAGUGGCAAUAAUGAGGAACAUUGAGAAGAUGCUAGGCGAGGCGCUGGGAAAUCCACAAGAGGUGGGCCCCUUGUUGAACACGAUGAUUAAGGGCCGAUACGACUAGUCAGCCCGCGGCGGCCUCCCGGGCGACCGCCGUCCACGCUGCUUCGUCGACGCAGACCGGAAGCUCCCGAGCGCUACUAUCGCACGCGGCACUUAACUCGGGGGGUCCCGGCCCUGUCAGCGGCGCAGGGUGAAGCGGUGCGUGGAAGCGGGCGGAGAGUGGGUAGCCGCUCCCUCUGCCCUCCCUCCCCCCAGUGACUUCUCCCCAGCCUCCCCUCCGGUCUCCGCCCCGGAGUUCUUGGUUCGGAGCCCCCGGCGUCCCCUCUCAACCCCUCGGGCUCGCGGCCGCCCCGCCGCUCCCCCUCGCCCGGGGCCAGCGGCGCGCUCCCUCGGAGUGUUGGAAUGGCAGCCCGCACGGGGCCGCCCGAGGUCGCCAGGCCCCCCGCCCUCAGGCCAGAGCUGGACGUCAUCCGCCCCCCGCAGCUGGACCGGGCCGCCCCCCGGGCUGCCGGGCGCCCCCUCGGCCUUUUGCGUCACCGAGGCACCCGAGAGCACCCGGCGGCCUCCGUGCUCCCCGGGCCCGGUAUCCGGCGACACGGUCCCUCCACCCCCGCCCCCUCCCCAGCUCCCCGUCGUGGUCAGGUGACGGGCCGCCGGCAUGGCCACCGGCAAGACGUCUGCCGGCGCCGGGAGGAGGAGGUGAACUCUGGGAGCGGUCCCCCGGGGACCGUGGGAUAACUGGAGUUCCAAAGCACAGACGCCCGCCGUGACUCUCCUCGCCGGCAAGGGAUGCGACCGAACCCCUAGGAAGUGCCCAAGCAGUGAUUUCUGUAGGAAUUGUACAUAUGUGUGAGUGUGAGUGUGCACGUGUGUUUAUCCCUGUGUGUAUCUGUCCCGUGGCCAGGCUCUCCUCCGGCCAGUCAACACUUGCCGGACGUUUUGAGGCUUUCCCUCUGCACGGCUGCUUAGCUCCGGGGAGGGGGCUUUUUUCCUUUUGGAGUUUACCCUCUUGUGCCUCAGUCGGCCCAAGGUUGCCUGAGCGGACCCCGCCACGGGGGCAGCAGGCGUACCCUCUGAACCCCCAGGAGUCUACCCAGAGCUCCUUCCUCAAGCCUUCUUGGUGUCCACCCGACGCUUCUGUGGCUCGUCGGGGGAACCGGCUCACUUCCCCCAUUCGGACGGCCCCCGCACCUUGGGUGGAAAGAAACCGAGGCAGGGCCUGUGGCCCGAACCCACCCAGGGGACCGCCCGGGGAAGAGGGGGGCCAAAUGUGUCUGGAGUCACACAAAAUAGCCCACUGGUCGGGAGGAGGAGGAAGAGGGUGAGGCUGAGCCGGGCGGGGGCCGGGGCCUGUACGAGCAGACACUAGGACCUCAGAAAAACACUUGUCAAGCCAAGUUGGCCCCGCAGCAGUGAGGAGGCUCAUCCCUCCCCGCCCGUCUAGGUUCUAACCCGGCGGGACGGGGAGAAAGGAGGGCCGGGACCGCCAGACUCCCCCCUGUCUAAAGAGCGGUCCAGGGGUGCCGGGCGGGCAGGAGGACGGCAGACACGGGAGGGUCGGUGGAGGGACUCGUGGAGCCGGUUUGUUUUUUUUGCCAAAGGUUUUAACUCUCUAAAUCUCUAAUGCCCGAGCAGCGAUCUCCGCAUUAGGAACUCUUUCAUUUUACGAUGCACUGAUGGACUGUUGUCGGGGGUGGGGGGAGGUCGAUCGUUUUGUAAAUCCCUGUGCUUUCAAUACCCCCACCGCGAUGUCGGGAAACUGUGGUCUUCCCGGCGCGCGUGAAAGAUUCAGCGUGAAGGACACGGUACUCUCUGAAGCCUAGGUCUUUCAAUACAACCAUCGUUGGAAACCAC